AUCUCCAGGAUUUUAGCAGGCAUGUUUCUGGCAAAGGCAAUCCUGGAAGGGGCAGAUCGGGGUCUUGGGGGGGCCCUUGGAGGACUUCUUGAAGGAGGCGGCCAGGGAAGAGGAGGUGGAGGCAACAUCGGAGGGAUCAUUGGAGGAAUUGUCAAUUUUAUCAGCGAGGCUGUUGCAGCUCAGUAUGUCCCAGAGCCGCCUCCCCAGCAGCAGCGGCAUUUCACUACCGUGGAGGCCUCAGAAAGUGAGGAAGUCAGGCGGUUUCGGCACCAGUUUGCACAGCUGGCUGGACCCGACAUGGAGGUGGGUGCCCAUGACCUGAUGAAUAUUCUCAACAAAGUUCUUUCUAAGCACAAGGAUUUGAAGACCGAUGGCUUCAGCCUUGACACUUGCAGGAGCAUUGUAUCUGUCAUGGACAGUGACACGACAGGGAAGUUGGGCUUUGAGGAGUUUAAAUACCUGUGGAACAACAUCAAGAAAUGGCAGUGCGUUUUCAAGAAUUGUGACAGCAACCAUUCGGGCUCUCUUAGAGGCUCCCAGCUGCACAGGGCUGUGCAGGCUGCAGGCUUCCAGCUAAACGAGCAACUUUACCAAAUGGUUGUCCGCCGGUAUACUAGCGAUGAUGGCAGUAUGGAUUUUAACAACUUCAUCAGCUGCCUGGUCCGUCUGGACGCCAUGUUUCGCUCAUUCAAGUCCCUGGACCGUGAUGCGGAUGGCCUGAUUCAGGUGUCCCUCCGAGAGUGGCUGCAGCUGACCAUGUAUUCCUGAAGUGGAGGCAGAGAGGGUGAGACCCGCUGUGGAGGACAGGACAGUAGAAAGUCUUGCUGUGUGCACCACAAC